AUGGCAGCUUCAGCUGGAGCAUCCUGUACGGUGAAUGUCUGGCAUUGUAUUACCCUUCUAGCACUAGGGUACUUUGUCGAAUAUCGUCGAUAUGAGCCCUGAAUAGGCAAUAGCAUGUCACCGCCUUGGAGGCGGUAACCGACGACAUGAUAUGAUUUUGCCUAGUUAAUUGGCUUCAUUGACUUAUCACCAUACAAGCGAAGGUUGGAUUUUGUCUAUGAUACGUCUCAGAUGAUUGUUGAUCUGCCUUGUCUUUAUUUUGGCCUGGUAGUAUCUACUUGUAUCAACCAUAACUAUUCUCUCAACCUGCUGUCGUCCCAAUAAGAUCUUGAUUACCGACCCCUCCUCCGCAUUCGAUUUCGAAUCAACUGAAAGGGCUCGAUCAGCAUGGAUACUCCAUCCACAGCAACUCCCUUUCAAUUCCCCCCAACCUACUCCUUCCCACCCUUCUUCACCCCCCAACCAAACAACUCAACCCGCCUUUCGCAACUUCAAAAAUGGUCUUCCCUAAUCCAAUCCUACUGCCGCCAUCAUUGCAUCUACCGCAUCUCCCUCAUUGAAGCCGUCGAAAGCCCACUAUUCCACAACGCCGCGCUCCGGAAACGUCUGGGUCUUAGUGAGGCACGGGCUGUGUUGGAUUGGAUGGCCAAGGCGGAGGAAGAAGGGGGUGGAGGGAGAAGAACAGAGUGGAUUGAUGGGGGGAGUAAGACUGUUGCGUGGGUUUGGUGGAGAAGGCCGGAGGAGUGGGCGGAGAUAUUGGCGGACUGGGUUGAGAUAACUGGGCAGAAAAAUACGGUGCUUACGGUAUAUGAGUUAAUUGAGGGCAAAGGUACCGCUUCACAAGAAUGGCACGGAAUGGAACAGGAGGUCAUGUUCAGAUCUCUCAAUGUCCUGGUCAAGCGUGGCAAGGCUCAGGUCUUUGGCAGUGAAGGCCAGGAAGGCGUCAAGUUCUUCUAGAGGGAGAAUAUUUUGAGGUGCGCAGGUUGCGGAUAUUUCAUUAUUUCAUUAAACAAAAUCACAACGACGACGGACAAGAAAUGUCCAUGGCGAUAUUCCGGAGCAUGGUAUAUACAAGGUUGGCUUCCACAUCCAAAUAAAUCAACAAUUGUUAACAUCGUCACCAGAAAACUAGUUCUGCUCGACAGUUUCUUCAUCCAACUCGUAAUUGUCUGCUGCAUGCAGCUCCUGCGACAUAGC